CAUGGACCGGCUCCCAUGUCCCAAGAAUAUAGAAGCACCAAACCUCUCAUGCACUGAUCCCUCCUAAACCUCCUCUCCCUCCACCUCCCAGCCCGUUGAUAACCUGAAACUGGCCUCCCCCGCUCUCCAUCGCCUCGCCCGCGUCGCCGCCGCAAUGUCGCACCCCACCCCUUCGACCGCCGCGCCCUGGAAGCGAACCUUCCAAGAACACCUCGACCAGGCGGGCGGCGCAGGGUUCGAGUUCACGCUGGCGACCGUGACGGAAGCGGGGCUGCCCCGGGCGCGGACGUGCAUCUUUCGCGGCUUCUGGGCCACGCUGCCGGAGAACGAAUACAACACGCUGCCCAAGAACCCGCCGGUGUACGAGUCCGACUGUCCCACGUUCACCACGGACGCGCGCAUGCGCAAGACCUACGAGCUCUUCGCCUCGGGCAAAGGGAGAGGGGACCUGGCACAGUCUCGCUCCGGAUGUGGCGGCGGCGGCCCCAUCGAGGCGGUCUACUGGAUCAAGGACACAAAGACGCAGUGGCGCAUACGGGGCAAGUGCUGGCUCGUCGCGGCGGACGACGUCGAAGGCGGUACCCCGGAGGCGCAGAAUUCCGGCACCGUGACCGUCAAGGCCGAGGUAGGACGCUACAUGCGCGAGCGCGAGGGAUCCGACGCACAAAAGAACAGUGACUUGUCGUCGUCGUCGGCCUGGUCCUGGAGACGCGAGGUGGAGAACUACUUUGAAAACCUGUCCCCGGUCAUGAGGGGCUCGUUCAAGAACCCGCCCCCCGGUCGGCCCUUGUCGGAAGGGAACGACGAGCAGGCCGGGGAGGCCCUGGGCCAGAAAGCAGGACACCUGUCGGAGGAGGCGCUCGCGAGGCGGCACUUCCGCGUCGCCAUCAUCACGCCCGAGCAGGUCGAGGCGGUCGACUUGACGGACCCGACCAAGGCCACCAGGCAGAUCUGGACGCUGGCGCAGGACGUCGGUGGCCCCGACGGGCCCAAGCCGAGUGAUUCAAUAGGGGAGUGGAAUCGGGUCGAGACCUGGCCGUGAGGUGCCGUCAACAACAGGGCCCGAGACAGGAGCCACCUCUGAAUCACUCUGCCUGCCACGUACAGUAGAAAGAACGCCUGAGGUCUCGGAUUAGGGAGAAUCGUACAAUAUGCAACAUGGUUGUGACAUCCCGCUGCUGGGACGGCAGUGGUGAACAUAGAGAUAGACUGUUGGACGGGAAAUGCUCCACGAUCGAGAGGUCAAGCAACGGCGGCGAGUAUCGGCACUUUCACUACCAGUUGAAGAUGUGGUACGGGGAGAUUUGUAAGGCCAAUCUAGUGAGCCUGCACCGAGUCAAUCCAGUCCGAGACCCAGGCUUUGGCCGAUGAAGGGAUGGAUAGAUCGAAGGUCUCCUGAUCAGCUCGGCCAUUAGGGUGGACAAAAGACAGGUUCUAGAAGAAAGACAAGGGAUGGGGCCGUUGUUGCGCUACUUUGAGAACCACAACCAGGACCAUAUCAAACCAUCGUAUAAGUCAUCACUG